UUUUUCCGUUAAAAUUUUGAAAAAAAGCAUUGUCAAUCAGAUUUUCGUUAUCCAAGAAUUUUUUUCUUUAAAGUUUUCGUUUUUUAAUCAAAGUUUAAACAUAAUGUCAUCGCAAAGAGGAAUGAUCAUUGUAUUGGAAGGUUUGGAUCGUGUUGGCAAAACAACUCAAGCACAAAAAUUGGUUCAAUCAUUACGAAAUCAAGGAAAAAAUACUGAAUUAAUUCGUUUUCCCGAUCGUUCUACAAUGACUGGAAAUCUAAUCAAUCAAUAUUUAAGUGGACAAACUAAAUUAAAUGAUCAUGUUAUUCAUUUGUUAUUCACUGCUAAUCGAUGGGAAAAAUUUGAUCAAAUGAUAGAAAUGAUAAAAGCCGGUACUACAUUAGUUAUUGAUCGAUAUUCAUAUUCUGGUGUAGCCUAUACCAGUGCUAAAGGUUUAGAUUUUGAUUGGUGUUGUUCACCGGAAAAAGGUCUAAUCAAACCUGAUUGUGUUUUAUUUUUGACUACCGAUAUCAAUGAAUCAUGUAAACGUGAAGAUUUUGGUCAAGAAAUUUAUGAUCGAAAAGAAUUUCAAAAAUCUGUACAUCAAGCUUAUGAAAAACUUAUUGAUAAAACUUAUUGGAAUAUUAUUGAUACAACAAAUAAAACAAUCGAUGAUGUUCAUGAUGAAAUUCUAAAAGCUAUCCAUGUUCGAUCGACAAAUAUUUCGAAAAAUAUAUCAUAUCUUUGGUAAUUGAUUUUUUUUUUUCGUCAAU